AUGAAAGCUGAUCGUGCUUCUGGCAAGUUCCCCACGCUGGCGCAGAAACACCUCAGUGGUGCUGAAUCCAUCAUAUUGGUUCGAUGGCUGGCUGCUAUUUGCUGGGAUAUCGCUGCCAAGACUGGCAGUCACCAUGAUCGGCUCCGAGCUUCUGUUUUCAUUGGGCUGGACCAACUACGUGACACUUUUGCAAAGUGCCCCGGCGUGCCUUCGGAACAGGAGUUGGAGAAAGCUGAAUUCUUCAAAGACCUGUACCAGGGCGCGCUUCUAGGAGCCUUGGCAUCGGUGCCUUUACACGUAUUGAACCAAGGCCCCCGACAAUCCUAUAAAACUGCCCUAAGCCCCAAACCCUAA